AUGAUUCUGACCACUUACGGUAAUCUCGAUGAGUCCGGCCUUCUUUCUCGAUUGGUGGACAACGCGUACGAUUUUUGCUCUUUGAGUUUGGUGCAAUCACAAAAUUAUAUUGUGAUCCGUUUGAUCCUGAAGAUAGUUGGAACGUUGACCACAGAGUUUUGGGGAGAGUUAAAAGUGAAUCCAGAGGAAGGGCCUACUUGGGAAGAGCUGGUUAGGAUUAUGCCACAUUCUAGAAGAUGGUCUGAUGAGAAGAAGAAGCGGCUUGGUUUGCUGCUUAUCUUGUCUAUAUCAUGGGGUCGAGUUGGAUUCGAGAAGCUGAUCAAAUCGGUGCAAGUUGUUGAUUUGGCUGGAGACUCUUAUGUUGUGCAUGGAUGUGUGCAUGUCUUGCUCAUAUGGGCAUAUGAGUUGGUGACUGUAUUGGGAGAAUUGUUUGGGAGAAGAAUACAAGGGAUUGAAGUUCCUCUUAUUCGUUGGGGUUGUGGCCAGACGUGUUUUGUAUUGGAAGACGUUUUAAAGAAGGAUAAGAAGGAAAAUGAGGACAAGAAGAAAGAAAAGAAGAGAAAGAGGAGGGAGAACAAAUCAGAGGAGAAGAGUGACGAGGAGAAGAAGAAGAAGCAGCAGAAGAAGAAGGUUCCUGAGAACGAGAUGAAUGAGGAGAGUGAGAAGGAAAAUGCAUCUGUUGAUAUGAGUAUUAAGUUAAAAGACGUUUGA